CUAAAAUUUGUAAAAUCUGUCGUGCACAAACACAAGCAUUCGGCCCGCAAUGUGUUUUCGUGUCCUUCAAAAUCUCAAUAUUGUGUCGCCUUCACAUCUCUUUCGCUGAGAUGUCAUUUCCUCUUCCGUUCUCUCUCUCCCUCUGCAAUGCUUCUUGUCCUUCAUGCAUUUAACUUUUCUCUCCCUGCCUUCUUUCACUAUUUAUUUUCAUGCCUCCACCAUUUACUAGUACUACUGCCACUACUCUCACCUUUUUUUUUCCUUUACCCUUCCAACAUUUGAAUAUUUCAAGUGGGCGUCUAGCAUUUCUGGACAUAUUCGAGUAUUUAAGCAGUUUUUGCUUCUUCUUUGAAGUCCGAGAUUGAUGGAUUUCAAGAAUGUGGAAGAAAUGGGAGAUGAUAAUAGAGAGAGUGGUGUGUUUAUGAGGGCUGACAGGAUUGAUUUCAAGACAUGGGAUGUGCAAUUGGAGAAGCAUUUGAACCGGGCCUGGCCCAGAGAUACCGAGGCCCGCGGGGAGCCCGAGGAAUGGGAGAUUGAUCUGGCUAAGCUUGACAUCAAGAAUGCCAUAGCUCAUGGCACCUAUGGCACUGUUUAUAAAGCUGUUUAUCAUGCCCAAGAUGUUGCUGGUAUUGGAGUGGGGGGAGGAUGGUAUGACCACAGCUGACGAGAGCGAUGCUCUUCAGACAUCUUUUCGACAAGAAGUAGCCGUUUGGCAUAAGCUCGACCAUCCUAAUGUUACAAAGUUCGUUGGUGCCUCAAUCGGAACAACAAAUCUUAGGCUACCUUCUGAAGGGACUUUGGGUGCUAGUUUCAAUUCGCUUCCAUCUAGGGCAUGUUGUGUCGUGGUUGAGUACGUUCCUGGUGGGACGUUAAAGAAGUUUUUGAUUAGGAAUAGCAAGAAGAAAUUAGCAUUCAAGAUUGUGGUUCAACUUGCAUUGGAUCUUGCCAGAGGCUUGAGUUACCUCCAUUCCAAAAAAAUCGUGCACCGCGAUGUCAAAACCGAGAACAUGUUGCUCGAUGCUAACAGAACUCUGAAAAUUGCGGAUUUUGGUGUUGCUCGAGUUGAAGCUCAGAAUCCAAGGGACAUGACUGGAAACACCGGAACUCUUGGUUACAUGGCACCGGAGGUUCUUGAUGGGAAGCCUUACAAUAGGAAAUGUGAUGUGUAUAGUUUUGGCAUAUGCCUGUGGGAAAUAUACUGCUCCAACAUGCCUUAUCCUAAUUUGAGCUUUGCUGAAGUCUCUGCUGCUGUAGUUCAGCAGAAUCUGAGGCCAGAAAUUCCUAGAUGCUGCCCAACACCAUUUGCAAACAUCAUGCGUAGAUGUUGGGACGCGAAACCCGAGAAUCGGCCGGAGAUGGAGGAGGUUGUGAGGAUGUUGGAAGCAGUGGACACAAGCAAAGGUGGUGGAAUGAUACCGGAUGAUGAGGCAAGUGGUUGCUUUUGUUUUAGACCUAAUCGUGGCCCGUGAUUUUCAACCACGUUCAUGUGCAAUAGUCUGACUCGCUAGGCGCCGCGUUAUAUAAUCUUCACUCACUGGGAAAGUGAGUGAGAUUUCUUGAAAGUUGUAAGUAUUUACAGAAUGUGAGGAAAAUAAUGUUUGAUUUUGGCACAAGAGAUGCUUCUAUUCCUACUUUUUCUUGAUAGGUGUUGAUCAGCUUUGGUUUAUUAGAGUGAAAAAGAGAGAGAAUUAUGCCAAUGAGAAUAUGCUUUUAAUUAUCAAGAUUCGUAUUUAAGAGAAGAAGAUAUUGUGUUGUAGAAGACAUUUAUGUUCGCCUCGAAUCAGUUGAUGAUUUCAUUCUAUCCGUGUAAGUAUUCGCCUCUACAAACAAA